GCAUCGAAAGAAAUCUUGCCCAACAUAUCGUCACAGCUUACACACCACCACCAGCUCUGCCCAUUGUUUUCGAGCAACCGACACUGGUUGUUGAAUUCCCUCCUCUGCCGAUAUGCAUGCUUCUUUGCUAGUUGUCGGCGUUUCACCUUCCAUCAUCUAGGACCAUUCCAACUGUUGUUCUUGUUAUCGCUUUCAACGACUCUGCCAAGAUUUCUCAGGAAGCCUGGAUGUUUUUCUCUAUGUCAAAGAAACUUCGAUUCCAAGUUUCCAACGAUGAGGGUUUGAGUUCAUCGCAGGAGCUAACGUGAGCAGGGAUAUAAACAAUGAUCAAUUAGCAAUCCGGAAGUUUUGUACGAAGUUGUGCCACCAUAAGAUCUUUCAUCACGCGUUACCAGUUCUAACCCUCAAGGACAAGGUUGGUGUUCGAGGGGAAAGGACUUUCUUACCAUUGAAGACCGCCACAUCACCACCAACCAAUCGAUCCCUUUCCUUAUUUCAGUAGGAUCUCUUUCUUUGUUUAAACCCUAAUUUCCUCUGUUUCCUUCUUUGUUUCGCUAUUAUUA